CCGCCCCUUUCCCGCCUUCCUCCACCCCCGGCGUGGGUGAUCCCUAGCCUCGGCGCGCUUGGGGCAGAAGCCCGGAGACGCCGUCGUCGACGCCUCCACUGCCGGCUUUUCUCCUGGACUGGUUUCGAGGGGACCGCAGACGCGCAGACUCGCCCCCCGCGGGAGCGCCUCAGCCCGGCCCCGGAGCGGCGCCUUGUAGACGUUCGAGGAGCCUGCCGAGUGCCGUCCCGGCGCCCGACCGCCCACCGCCCGGCCGCCGGCCCGCUUCUUCCUGAUGCAGACUGCCGUCCACUAGAGGUUGUACAGACCCCCGAGAACGACUUAAACAGCAAAUAAAAAAACACCACGACAAGUCAAGAGAGACCUCAGAAGAAAGGAGAAAGCUUAAUGUUUUAGUACCUUUAAUGAUACUUUUUUUUCUGCUUUUGAACAAGGGGCCCCGCAUUUUCAUUUUAAGGGGCCCCGCAUUUUCAUUUUGCUCUGGGCCCUGAAAAUUAUGUAGCUGUCCCAUUGUCAAGGUUGCCCUUUCCCAUUGUAAAUGUUUUGAGAGUGAAUAACAUUAACUGUGAGGAGAAUAAAUCUUUAGUUUAUGAGGGGUUAGAUUAAUUUAUUAGCAUGUAUUUCCUCUGAAUUGGAAUGUUCUGCCUUGUGCGGGGAAUUUUUUUUUUUUGAAGAAAAAUGAGAGAGUCAUUGGUGAAGCAUUGUAGGAUAGUUGGUUAAAUGUGAAGGUUCUGAAGUCAGGCAGACCCCAACUCCAUCACUUAGUAUUAAGAAUCAAAGCCUUGGGCAAUUUACUUAACCCCGAGUUUUGAUUUUUCUUGUCUUUAAAUCAGGGAUGGUUACAGAACAUGGAGGGUUGUGAGUAUUAAAUUUAUUUAUCCAACAGAUAUUUAUUAAGCACUUACGUGCCAAGCGCUGCUCUUUCUAGGUUCUGGGGAUACAAUAGUCAAUGAAACAAGACAAAAAAAAAAGAAAGAAAAACCAAACAACAAGAAGUAAACUGAAUAAGGAAAAUAAGCUUAUAUCUCCAUUUCAUGUACUAAGGAGAAAAAUUAAGCAGAUAAAGAAAGUGAGGAUUUUCUGGUUGAUGGGGCAUGUGGGGGGUUUUCGAUUUUAAAGAGGGGGUUUGGGGAAAGCUUCAUUGAGAUGACACUGGAGUAAAGAUCGGAAGGGAACCAUAUAUAUCUGGAGAUAGAGUGAUCCAGGCAGAGGGAAUGAACUCCAAGUGCAGAGGCCUUAAGGUGGGCGUGUGGCUGGUUUUCAAGAAACAGCAAAGAGGCCAGUGUAUCUGGGGCAGGGUGAACAAGGGGGAGAGUAAUAGGAGAGAAUUACUGCCAUUUCAGGAGUCAUUGGAGGGGCUCUCAUAAUUCAUCUUUGCCCUGGGUAUAUGUUGUACUGCUGCUGGUCCAAAAGUGGAAGGCCUUUUCAAAAUUAGAAAUUUUCACUUUGGAAUAAACUACAAAAGACAAGAUAUUUCCUCACAUUUUUUCUUUUUAAUAUAAGACCUUUAAUGCUCAUCUGGCUGAAUCACUGAAGCAAAUAAGAACAGAUAGAAAAUUUAUUCGUUGUCUAUGCUUCCAGGGUAUGGACUGUGAACAAGUUGGUUUUGUUUCACGUGUUCAUUUGUAAGUUUGGUUGUUUGAUGUCUUAAACAUUGAUGUUAUAGAUCCAUGCUGUCCGACAGAAUGUGCAAGCCACGUGAUUCAUGGCAGGGGACAUGGAAGGAUUCUGUUCCUCCAUCCAUGACACCAGUGUCUCUGCUGGGUUCAGAGCACUGUAUGAGGAGGGAUUGCUUCUUGAUGUCACUCUGGUUAUUGAAGAUCAUCAGUUCCAGGCCCAUAAAGCACUCUUGGCCACCCAGAGUGAUUACUUCAGAAUUAUGUUUACUGCAGACAUGAGGGAGCGAGAUCAGGACAAAAUUCAUUUAAAAGGUCUAACUGCUACUGGUUUCAGCCACGUUCUUCAGUUUAUGUACUAUGGAACUAUAGAACUGAGUAUGAAUACUGUGCAUGAGAUUCUUCAGGCUGCCAUGUAUGUUCAACUUAUAGAAGUGGUGAAGUUCUGCUGCUCCUUUCUAUUAGCGAAAAUCUGCUUAGGGAAUUGUGCAGAAAUUAUGAGACUCUUAGAUGAUUUCGGUGUAAACAUCGAGGGAGUCAGGGAGAAGCUGGACGCCUUUCUGCUAGACAACUUUGUUCCACUCAUGUCCAGGCCUGACUUCCUGUCUUAUCUGAGCUUUGAGAAGCUCAUGUCUUAUUUGGAUAAUGAUCAUCUGAACAGGUUCCCAGAGAUAGAGCUGUACGAGGCUGUGCAGUCUUGGCUGCGGCAUGAUAGAAGACGCUGGAGACAUACCGAUACCAUCAUUCAGAACAUCAGGUUUUGUUUGAUGACCCCAUCCAGUGUUUUUGAGAAGGUUAAGACAUCAGAAUUCUAUAGAUACUCCCGACAGCUGCGCUAUGAAGUUGACCAAGCACUGCAUUACUUUCAGAACAUUCACCAGCAGCCUUUGUUGGAUAUGAAAUCAAGCCGCAUCCGCUCUGCCAAGCCGCAGACAACAGUAUUCCGAGGCAUGAUUGGACACAGUAUGGUCAACAGUAAAAUACUUCUCUUAAAGAAACCGAGAGUCUGGUGGGAACUGGAGGGCCCCCAGGUACCUCUGCGCCCAGACUGCCUUGCCAUUGUCAAUAACUUCGUGUUCUUGUUGGGCGGGGAAGAACUGGGCCCAGAUGGCGAGUUCCAUGCUUCUUCCAAAGUGUUCAGGUAUGACCCAAGACAAAACUCUUGGCUCCAGAUGGCAGACAUGUCUGUACCACGUUCAGAAUUUGCAGUUGGUGUUAUUGGGAAGUUCAUUUACGCUGUAGCAGGCAGAACCAGAGAUGAGACUUUCUAUUCAACAGAGAGAUAUGAUAUCACCAAUGACAAAUGGGAAUUUGUAGAUCCUUAUCCAGUUAACAAAUAUGGACAUGAGGGGACAGUGCUCAAUAACAAGUUGUUUAUCACCGGUGGAAUCACCUCAUCUUCCACCUCCAAGCAAGUGUGCGUGUUUGACCCCAGCAAAGAAGGAACCAUCGAGCAACGGACCAGGAGAACCCAAGUAGUGACCAACUGCUGGGAGAAUAAGAGCAAAAUGAAUUACGCAAGAUGCUUUCACAAGAUGAUUUCUUACAACGGCAAGCUUUAUGUCUUUGGUGGUGUCUGUGUGAUCUUGAGGGCCUCUUUCGAAUCUCAGGGCUGCCCUUCCACAGAAGUGUACAACCCAGAGACUGAUCAGUGGACCAUCUUGGCAUCCAUGCCAAUUGGUAGAAGUGGCCAUGGUGUGACUGUGCUGGACAAACAAAUAAUGGUUCUUGGAGGCCUUUGCUACAACGGUCAUUACAGCGAUUCCAUUCUCACUUUUGAUCCAGAAGAAAACAAAUGGAAGGAAGAUGAGUACCCGCGGAUGCCCUGCAAGCUGGAUGGUUUACAAGUAUGCAACCUGCAUUUUCCAGAAUAUAUACUGGAUGAAGUCAGACGUUGCAACCAGUGACAUCUUUCUCUAAAAAAAGCCAAACAAAAAUUUUGUUUGUGACAAAGUAGUUAACUAAAACACAUAAAGAAAAACCUCACCAGUUUUACUAUCAAAGCCAUGGGUCUAAUAGCAUAAAAAUUUUUCAUUCUGUGCUAGCAUCCUUUUUUUUUUCAUUUUAGUGGCCUCAAACUCAUGCAAUAAGUUAAUUCUAAGCGCUAGCUCUUGAAACUACUUCCAGAAGCAGUUUAAUAGAAUGAUCCACUUAUCUGGGAAGUUGAUUUUAUGCUUUAAACGUUUCUUUCAGAUGUCAGUGUAGGAGUCGUGCAUCUUCUAAGAGAAGACCUGAUAAGUGUCACUUGAUGUAAUUUCAGAGUAACCAGGGAAUGGCUCAUUCAAAUUGAUGCCAUUUUUUCCUGAAGUAGAGUCUAUAUCUGAAAUCUUUUUUGAACAUUUAUUUCAGUGUAUUUCAGUCCGUUAGACCUUUUGGUUUUAUUGUUUAAAACUCUUGACCUUUUUUGCAUGGCUUUUUGCUGAAAAUGCAAAAAUAUAAAUUUUCUACAAAAUUAACUUUUUAUAUUCAAAACACUAUUUCUAAGCUGCCUUCUCUUAUCUGCAUUGUGUUAGUGAAAGCAUAUCCAUACUUGCAUACGUCUUAUGACUAUAUAAGGCACAUCCCCUUUUGUGCGUGGUUAGGAUUCUAUAUUUUUAAGCUAGUGCACUUGCACACACGGUUUGCCAUACUUGUUGAAUUUUAGAUGUAAUGUCUUUUCAUGUAUUAACAUUUUUAGAAAGUUAUAAUAACUGGAGUCCUCAUUUGGUAUCAGAGUAGCCUAUCUUCAGUCCAUACUGACUCAGUAAUAUUUGAACUCCUUAUAUUCCUGAAACAUGUAUGGAUUUAUGAAAACUAACAUUUUAUAUUUUCUUUUCCAAAGUUAACGUUAGUGUUCCUUAUCGAUGUCUGUCUUGUUGAAAAUGUUUUUCUUUGCAGUUUGUUUAACGUUGCCCUGUUUUUAGUGAGAAUCGGAGUGGUAUAUGACAAGCCCUGGCCCCUGCAGCGUGCAAGCACUUUUAAAGAGAAUUUAGGUAAUACCAGACUCCUAAAUAAAGGCCCCCAAAAGUAAGUGCAACUCCCAUUCUUUACAUUCAAUAAGGCUGCUACAUCUGUUAUUGAAUGGAAAGUAGCAACUUGUGGAAAAUUGGAGCUCAGUUUUGACUUAGAGGUAAGGAGUAGGAUUAUAAUCUUACUGGUCAUAUCUACUUGUUUGUUUAGUACAAAAUACUUAGCGGCACUGGGCAUGUAAGCCCUCACCUUUUGUUUUAUUUACUGAAAGCUACUAGCAUGAAGGACAGUAACCUCAAAGUUCAAAAUGGAUCAAGAAUAAUUGUUUAAAAGCAUUUGUAGUAAGUGUUUUAGGAUUAGCCGCACCUUUCAACUCUUUUUGAACUUGAAGGAAAAAACAUAGUUGACAAAAUUAAGAAUAACCAGGGAAUGGCUCAUUCAAAUAGAUGCCAUUUUCUCCUGAGCAGAGUCUAUAUCUGAUACAGACUAGAUCUACACUGGCAGAACCUGCCAGACCUUAGGAUAUCGGUGCAAUAUUGCAAUGCCUUCUGUAUGGCUGUUGUAGAAGUUUUCUAGUUUCACUUUUUUUUUUUUUUUUUUGCUGCUGCACCACUGAACUUAAAAUGAAAAAGUGAAGUCAUGGAAAUGUGAAGACUUUUGUUUUGUUUUUUUGCAGUUACAUUAGACAACUAUGAAAAACACACACCUGAUUUUAAAACUCCAAAACUGGAGGUGUUUGAGUUUAAGAAACAGUCAGGUACACAGUAGUUUUUGAAAAAGAGAAACAUUGGCAUUGGUUUUAGAAAUCAAGUUAAUAAUUUUCUUUUGUAUAUGAGACUUAAAUUUUUAUUAAAUGAUUCUAACAUUUACUUUGUUUUGAAAAGUGAAAUUCGAUACUAUGUCCCAUAUGGGUAAUAUGGGUAAAAGUCUUUUUCUACAUUUUAGAAAUCAUUUCUAAUCAUUUUACUUUGGAAAACUAGGAUUAGGUUAGUCAUUUAAUUCUUUUUCUAAUAUAUUAGUUGGUUUAGUGUUUUGUAUGUUGUGCUGUCUUACUUUAAAGAAAAUAACAAUAACGUCUUCAUUAUUUUCCUUGUGGUUGUCUUUCGCUGGAAAAGACCGAGACAGGGUACCCCUAGCAAGCUUUUACACUCCAGUGGUGGUUCUCUUGAAUUGCUUAGAUAGGACUUCACAGCCCUAGUUAAGGGAAGAUCUGGGCAAACAAUUGAAAUUCUUGGUCUUCUAAAGAUACAAGGCCAAGCUCAAAGUUCAUGUUUUGAGAAAUUUGUGAAAUCUUAACUUGAACUAACUGGGUUCAGCUCACACAUAAGACCACACAUAAGACCACACAUAAGCCACGUCUGACCUGAUGUUAGCAGUAAUCAGGUUUGAGCUUUAAGAAUAGUUGCUCUUGCUUGGGUUCUUCACGAAUAUAUGAGAAAUUUCUGUUUAUAUGUAGCACCAAUUUAAGGUUCCUUUAAAUCCAUGAUUAACAUACAUUCCCUUUUCAAACCAUGGUUUAAUUGCUGAAAGAGAUUUAUUUUUGUUAUACUAAACUAUGGAAAAUUUUUUCAUAGUUUUUUUUUUUCAACUUUAUUUUUUGUGUG